GCGAAAGCCAUUUUCCUUGUCGCUGAGCCCAUGGCGGACGCGGAGGGCGUGCAGCAGGAGCUGCAGGACUACCUGCAGAAGAAGGGUAUCAACACGCUCUUCAUCAACAUUGUCGAGUCGCUCCUGCUCUCCAAGCCCGACAACCCCGUGCUGCACAUCAUCCAGUACCUCCAGACCAACUUCCCAGAGCAGGCCACGGUGCGUGCGGCUGAAGCGCCCGCGAUCGCGACCGGCCACCAUUCGGAUGAGUCGGAAAGCGAAGACGAAGGCGAAGAAGAUGCGGUCGGCGAGAUGCAGGAAGCGCAGCCGGCGGCGCGGACGUUCCCGAAAGGCCGCAGAAUAUCCGUGUCGGCCGAAGCGCUCGACCCUGACAACGCCAAGCCGUUGGACGCCGUCGUGCAUCCCAAAUCGGAAGAAGAGAGGAAGCGCAUCUCCGAUAUCCUCGUGGACAACAUCCUCUUCAAGUCCCUCGACGAGAAGCAAUCCAAGAUUCUCCUCGACGCUAUGUUCCCCAAGGAGUUCGCCGUGGGCGACGUCAUCAUCAAGCAGGGCGACGAUGGCGACAACUUUUACAUUCUUGACACGGGCGUUUGCGAAGUCUACAAGGACGACAACCUCGUCCUCACGUGCACGGAAGCCAUGUCGUUUGGCGAACUCGCGCUAAUGUACAAUGCGCCGCGCGCCGCGACGGUCAAGGUCAAGGAGAACGCGAAAGUGUGGGCGCUCGACCGGCAAACCUUUAAGUACAUUAUCAUGGAGACGACGAUGAAGAAGCGAGACCAGUACAAGGGCUUCAUCGAGAAGGUGCCGCUUCUCGAGUCCCUCAGCGAGUACGAGCGACUCACGGUCGCGGACGCGCUCCGUGUCGCCACGUUCAACGACGGCGAGAUCAUCAUCCGCCAAGGCGACGACGGCAACCUCUUUUAUAUUAUCUCGGAAGGCACGGCCGUGUGCACCAAGCAAGUGUCGCCGUCGGACCCGGUCCAAGAGAUUGGGCUUCUCUCGACGGGCGCGUACUUUGGCGAGAUCGCACUGCUCACGACGCGUCCGCGGCAGGCGACCGUGACGGCCAAGGGCCAAGUCAAGUGCUUGACGCUGGACCGGAAAACGUUCAAGCGCGUCAUGGGGCCGCUCGAGAACAUUCUCAAGCGCAACCUCGCGCAGUACAACCUCGUCAUGGCCAACACCAUCUAAGCCACUGUGUAUCUUCAUACUUAAAACACAAUCCAAUACCAACACCCUUGUAGAUUCGA